AUGCUGUCCGACGAAAAUUUGUCGGCUAGCCUGACAGAUGACAAUUUUGUGGCCCCAAAUGGAGCCGAGUCGCGUCUCCUUGCUCUUGUAAAGGCCCAAGAGGAGGCCACUUCUACUUUCCCUAGGAAAUGCUUGGAGUUUUUCAAGAGGGCCGCUGUGGGUUACGAAAACCCAUUGGAAAAGUUCAUUCUUGAAACAGAACCCAAUGACUGUACUUUUGUGGCCAAGUACUCAAAAGUCGUGGAUCUAGAUCUUCGUUCUUGUGAUUGCAUUUCCGUCAACUCGCUAACUUUGCACUCUGUUCACACGGGCCAUCCGUUGGUUAACUUUGCCAAAGAGGAGCCACUCUCACCAGAACUAUUAAAAGAAGUUGAAGAAUCUCCGGCUUUGGUCUUUAUACAUGGUUUGGGUGGCCAGAUGUCACAGUUCGAACCGUUGAUGGGAUUGCUUUCCCAGUGUCUGGAAAUCUUUGCCCUCGAUCUACCGGGAUUUGGUGAUUCUCGAUACGAAUUCCCAUCAAAACACAAAUUUUCUGCAGAGCACCAGAAGGCCAUAUCUUCCAGUAUUCAGGCCAUGGCGUGGCUGGAUUUUUAA